CCGUAGGUGCAUGGGGCGGUGGGAGGGGGCGGUGUCCGGGGAGACGCGUCAGCCGCCGCCGCCGCCGUCGCGGGCUCCCUCCCCUCCGGCGGCCCGGGCCCCGCGGGGAGCGGCGCGGCGGGGAUGAGGCGGUCUGCUUCGCACCCACCGUAGCGGCGCGGCCGCCUCCGCCAUGAAGCGGAAGAGCUGGGCCGAGGCCCGGCGCCGCGCCGCUGCCCCGGCGCCGCCGGCUCUGAAGAGAACUCGGGGCGCGGCGUCGCGGACGGCGGGGGGCGAGGCGGAGCGGCGGCAGCCGCCCCCCGCUGGGUCGGAGACCUGCCUGAGGAUCGCCGAUCGCCUUUAUUUUGCAAUUCUCUGCCAAACACCAAAGAGUGGAGCUGCAAAUACCCAUUAUUUCUGCAUAGAUGAUGAACUUGUGUAUGAAAACUUCUAUGCAGACUUUGGACCACUCAAUCUGGCAAUGGUCUACAGAUACUGCUGCAAGCUAAAUAAGAAAUUAAAGUCAUAUUCAUUGAUAAGGAAGAAAAUAAUUCAUUAUACUGGCUUUGAUCAGAAGAAACAAGCAAAUGCUGCAUUCCUCAUAGGCUCCUACGCAAUAAUAUACCUGAGAAAAUCCCCAGAAGAUAUGUACAGGCUUAUAUUGGCUGGAAGCAUUUCCUAUCUUCCUUUCAGGGAUGCUUCCUUUGGUACUUGCAGUUUUCAUCUGACAUUGCUGGACUGUUUUCAUGCAAUAAACAAGGCUUUGCAAUAUGGUUUGCUGGAUUUCAGUGUGUUUGAUGUAAAUGAAUAUGAGCAUUUUGAAAGAGCAGAAAAUGGAGAUUUUAACUGGAUAAUACCAAACAAAUUCAUUGCCUUCAGUGGACCUCAUUCAAGAAGUAAAAUUGAAAAUGGCUAUCCCCACCAUGCUCCAGAGGCUUAUUUCCCAUACUUCAGGAAACAUAAGGUCACCACUAUAAUACGCCUCAACAAAAAACUGUAUGAUGCCAAGCGAUUUACGGAUGCUGGAUUUGAGCAUUUUGACCUCUUCUUUGCUGAUGGAAGCACACCUAGUGAUACUAUAGUUAAAACAUUUCUAAAUAUUUGUGAAAACGCUGAAGGUGUUAUAGCCGUUCAUUGCAAAGCUGGUCUUGGACGAACUGGCACACUUAUUGCCUGUUAUAUUAUGAAGCAUUAUCGGAUGACAGCUGCUGAAACUAUUGCCUGGAUUAGAAUUAAUAGACCUGGUUCAGUGAUUGGACCACAACAACACUUCUUGAUGGACAAACAGGCAGAACUUUGGACAGAAGGAGAUAUUUUCCGUGCAAAGUUGAAAGGAAACUGUAAAAUUGCUGUAACAAGAAUUCUGUCAAGAGUAGAUGAUAUUUCAAUUAAUGACAUGAGAAACAGGAGAACCAUCCGAAAGGACAUUGAGCUGUACAGUGAUGAAGAUGAAACAAACUGUGUAACACAAGGUGAUAAGCUUCGUGCUCUGAAAAGUAGCAGGCAAGCAAAAGCUCCAACUACAUCUCCACUAACAGUAAUUCUGCACUCCAGUGUUCAGAAAAAUAAAACCUCUGAACCUAGCAUUUCUGACAGUUCAGACAUUACUAAAAGAACUACCAGGUCUGCUGCAAGAAAAAACAGUUAAAAAAGCAGCCAAUCCGUCCCAAGGACUAGAACAGUAUUGCGUUAAUUUUCAAAUAAGCAACCAGUGGUGAAAAGGAUAUUCAGGAAUGAAGGGGAUGCGACUAGAGGGGAUUAUGCAAUUCAAAGAAGAUUACUUUGGCUUCAUUUUUCAGCAAAAGUGAAACAAAAGAAUCUCUUCCAUACGUGCAGAAUAAAAUGAACUGUCAACGUGCUUUGUAGACACUUCCCUGAUGUGCUAACACUUCCUGAAACAAAACCAACAAAAAUCUGUGUACGUUCAGACUCAGGUGUAAAUAUGUAAGCUCUCUAUUAUAAAGAGGGCUUGCUAGUAUGUAUGAUGCAUGUGUAUAAAUUGUGAUGGCAAUCACUUAGCUGCUGACCACUAGAAAUGAAAAGACAGUGGGAGCUUUUAAAUAUUUAAAUCUGUGUUGUCCGUUCAGACUGGGCUCAAGUCUGCACUUGAGACUGAAAAUCAAAUCACAAAAGCUUUUUUCUUAUAGUAUUGGUACCGUCCUGUGUUAAUUGGCUGUUCUUUCUUAUUUUAUAUGAAGUUUUUUAUGAAGCAGCAGUAUUGACUACAUGAAGCAACUAUUGUCCACCAAAGAGUGCUUUAUUUUCAAAGGUUGUGUGGUUCGUUUAUUUUGAAAAAAUGUAACUAUAAGCAAUUAACUUAGUUUUAUCAGUAAUAGAUUUUUAGUUGUUCACAACCAAUGGCUCUUCUAGCUAGUUGUAAUUGCUUUAAGUCUGUGAUUUUGAGGGGAGGGAAAAACAGCUUACCAUUUAAAGCAGUGCUGUCAUACUGAAAUGUCAUUACUGUUUCUUUUCCUAUCUUCAAGCCUUUUAGGUGAAACUUUAGAUUACCAUAUCUAAAAGGUAAGAAUUUUUCCUGGGUUUUAUUGGUACAGUUGAUAACAUGCGGAUGUCGCAGGUUUUUGCCUUUGAGACACCUAAUGAGUGCAGCACACAAAAAAGGGAAAAUAAGCUUGCUGUACAACUGCAAUUGGUAGUGGAACUGAGGGCCCGUAUAGUUUUUAACAUCUAAUUAACACUUCAAAACCUACAGCUUACCUCUGUCUGAUACUGCAGUUUUCAUCCACUACAAGACUGUCUUCAAACACUGGCAGCGUUUUAUCCCUACCACUUCUCACAUUAUGAAAUCUCAAAGUCGUCUUUGCAGUGAUGUACCCUUGUCUGCCAACUGAAGUUUAUAGCUGCAUAUCCCUCAGAUGAGGACUGUUACCACAUAGCCUUAAAUAUCAUACAGUUAUCUGUUGAUUGACUCUCACAGUAGAAAGGACAAGAAAUGGAGAGAUCUGAAAUGUUAGCAGUGGGAUAACUGAAGUUUUUAAAGGUUGAUUACCUCUGCAAGGGAGAGAAUUUUCUUUUCAUGAGUGUAAAUGGGCAGGUGCAGUGACUAGUUUCAACCUACAUGCUUUUAAAUUAAGGUUAAGCUUUCUGUUAGGCUGGUCAUUUUUGAAUGCCGAUAUGAAUAACCACACAUUGGCUUGAAAACAUUUUGUGGCAAGAUCAUCUUGAAUUGGAGGGGAAGCAGGAUGGGAAGUGUAAGUAAGCUUCAGGGAGGAUGCAUAAGUUUGGAUACUCAAAAUUUGCAAAUACAAAUAAAAAGAAAACAGAAGAGGCUUGUGUGAUGCAAAAUAAAGGACCAUUGAGGCUCAUACCUGAUUAUUUUUUGUUUUCCUCUUAAAUCUUCACCCUCACCACCAGUUUUUUAUGGGUGAAAAGCACCUAAAAGAGGGGAACUGAAUUCACCCUGAUACAGUGAUUACAUUUUUUUUUUCCUUAGUAUGUCACUUGCCCAAAAGAUGAACUACAGGUAACCACAAUAGUAGGUAUAUUGUGCAAAUAUGAAUCUCUGUUUAUUCUUGAAGUAAAUUCUUACUUGGAAGGCAGAAGAGAUGAAACUAGUGAAGUGAGAGGGUGAGUCAAGAAAGAUACAGUAAUACUGUGUUUGGCUUUGCCCUUCUCUCAGCUGAGCUGCUUCUUUUGGCAUCUUUGCUUUUGACCUAAUCAGUCUAUUUCACAGCCCUUCCAAAUUCCAAAAUGUAAUUGCCUUUUCUAAAGUAACCAGCAGAGCCAUUAGCACUUUCAGGUUCCUAAGAAGUAAGUUUUGGUGAAACAAGUGCACAAACACACACAAUAGCAACUGUAGCUAAACCAAAACUGCAUGUUAGGCAUGAGUGUGUUUCAGGGUACUCUUUCCACCACCCAGUAUCUUAGGGAGAAACACAUAAAUGUCAAAGGGAUUUUACAUUUGAACUCUCCAAACAGCCUUAUAUGGAAAAUUAACUCAUUACCUCAUUGUGUCCCACCUAACUGUAUUGCUUCACUUGUUCUUCUGAAUUUUUAGUACUUUGCCUAGCAUUUUUAUUAUACCGUACCAAAGCUGUCUUAAGUAAGCGUGAAGAGUGGCCAUGGGUGAGAGAGUCCUUGGUUUUUAAAUCUUUGUUUAAUUAUGUGCCAAAAUGGAAUGUGUGGCAGCAGCUGCAUCACUGCUGUACCACAGAGCAGCUGAAGGAAGUUAUUUCUGCUGUCAUCAAUUAGGAGUUUUUCCUUAGAAAUUCUUUUCCCUAUUUAAAAUGCACAACAGAUGGAUUCACCCUUGAUCUCUUACUCAAAAGUAUGCAACAUACUCAAAAGCUGUAAUAUCUAGGGUCAAAUUGCUGGCUUCUGUUACAGCAUCAAAAACUGAACUUGGAUGGUAAUUCAGACCUUGUCUUUUUGCCCCAGUAAAACAGAGGAAGUGCUGUUGACUUAAAUAAGAUUUGUAGAGACUUGUGCAUUAAAAUGGAAAAAGACAAAAAUGUGAUGUUCACCAGUUUGUUGCACUGCAGUUUUUAUAUUAAUGGUUUGCAGAUUGUCUUGCAUAAACUCGUGUACAGACUAUCGAGAUCUUAAAUUUCUUGACUAAUCAGUACUGUUCAUCCUGAUUAUUUUUAAAUUGUGUAUUUCUAAUAUUUUUUUAACUUGGAUUGACAGAGUGGGAGUUUAUUUUGCUGAAGGUAUUUUUAAGAUAAAGCUUCAUAUUAUCUUGUAAUUUUAAGUAGUUCAAUAUGCAUUUGUGUCUCAUUUGAAAAUACUGCAUAUUGUAUUUGAUUUUAUACAAAAUACUGAAUAGUGAGAAUUGCAAACAUGAACUGUGGAAAAUUAAAAGUAAUAAUCCGAA